AGUCUGGAUGUAUCUGCUACCUUCGGGGAAGGUGGGGAAGAGGAAGAGCAACAUCGUCUACUCUUUUGGGAAGCAGACCCAGCUGGAGAAGGUCAGCAGCAACUGAUACCUGGCUACGAACGAUCAGCCUCUGCCACCGAGCAUCCAGGAAAAGUGGAAGGGCAAUCCAAACGAGGGGGUGGUGAGGGAACAUCCAAGGAGAGGAGAGUGCGUGCGCGAGCAAGUGAUCCCUCCGGCAAGAAAAGUCCUCCAGAGGCCGAAAGAAUCCGACCAGCCCGAGCUGCACGAUCCUCUGGAGGGAAGGACCGACACAGCAAAGUUAACACAGCGAAAGGACCUAGGGAUCGAAGAGUUCGGCUUUCAGUCCCCACUGCUGUACAAUUCUACGAUGUGCAAGACCGGCUCGGCUUCGACCAGCCCAGCAAAGCAGUGGAAUGGCUGAUCAAGAAUGCCAAAGCCGCCAUUGAUGAGCUUGCACAGGUUCCGCCCAUGCGACAGGAAGAUCCUGCAGUCCCGGCCGAGCAUCAACCCCAGACUACAAGCUCCACCGUCUCCACCUUCUCAGCCUGCCCCCCCGAGGUCCCCGCUGCCCCCUUGUUAGAAUCCCCAGGCACAUCUUAUGGGACUUACGACAGUCAUGGGCAGUCAGCAAUGGUAUCCCCCUUCGGCCACACUAGUCACGGAAUGGAAACAGCCAUGGAGCUUCACCAUCAGCACCACCACCUCGGAGGCCAUGGCGGCUACGGUCCGAAUUUGGCACGAGAACAACAAGCUGGAUUGUAUUGGGGAGGAAGCAUCAGCGACGUUCAUUCAGGAGGGAGCUCCGGCGCUGCCCGCGUGGAGUCUCGAGCCAAAGCUCGAGAAAGAGCUCGGGAGCGAGCUAAGGAGAAACACAUUUCCGAGAGGGAUCCAGCUUCAGGAAGAAUCCCUUCAACUUACGUUCCCCAUCACGGACCAUCAUCCGCAUCUGCAGGGGCGCAGCAGCAUCCCCAUCUCGCGGUGCAGGGUCAAUCACUUUAUUCGAAUCUCCCAUCGCAGGUGACCAGCGCGCUCCAGCAUCCAUUUCAAGCAUCUCCUGCCUUCCAAGCUGGUAUCAAUCCACCCUUACGGCCACCUCCUCCCCCUGCUGCCCCUCCUUACAACGCACCCAGCUAUAAUUUACCUGAGGCUUUUUUUGCAUAUGGUGGGCAUUACAAUCCUACCUCUUACAACCAAGCCGAGCCACCCUUGCAGCAGCAGCAGCAAGGCCCAUCGGUCUCCCAUUAUUUUGUGGAAAAUCCUCUACCACCCAGCCGUUUCAGCAUCGCCUCGCAGGGAAGCAUUAGCACUAACUCUAUGAUGUUCUCUGGGCUAACUCAUGUCCCUGCAUCCUCUCUCCGAGCCAGCCCUUUCGGCAGCUUAAUUAGCGAGCAGCAACCUCUCAAUUAUUCCAGCAGCAGCUUUCCAUCCCCAACAGGGUAUCAAUUUCCACCCUCUUAUGUGUCAAGUUCUCACCGGCCACCGCCGCCGUCCUCUUCCUCAUUACUAGGUCCACCCCCCUUGGGCAGCAGCCUUCGUCUAUCUCAAGGCACGAUGGAGUACACCCACUCGAGAAUUCGACUUGGACAAGGGCAAGCUCAGGGACAUGGUCAGUUCGAGCACAGGAGCUACAACCAGGCACCUCAUAGCUUAGACCCCAGCUUCUACACACCUCAGAUACCUGCCAGAUUACAGGGGCUUGAGGAGCUUGAAGAGGAGUUCAAGCCUUGAGCUUGAGGAGGAGCCUGGAAGAGGGCCUAGAGUUUUCGAACAGGAUUCUCUGACCAUGCCAGCAAGUGUACAUCUUCAACCUCCCUUACUCGUUUGGAGAUCCACUCAUGAAAAGGGAUUGUCGAUUUACUGUCAUUCAAUAAAAUCCCGUAGAUUUUGCAGUUAUAGAGCUGCUUUAAUCAACCGAUCGACCUCAAAGGAUGGGUAGGGCGAGUGGGGAGGCAUAUUGGUGGCGACCCAGUGAUAUAAGCUGCUGCAAUAAGACUGACCUCAGAUUGUGGGAGAAGCAAUAAACAAAAUCCAAAAACGGCUGUCUACAUUGGAUGCGCAGGCAUAGCAUAUUGUUUUCGGGACUCAAUAAGCUCAAUAAUCUUGCCUCAUGCAUUGCAUGCGAAGGAAUCAAUCCAUGUACAUACCCGCGUAGAGACUCAUUGUAACAUAGCAAUUGAUGCUGCUGGGGGAGGAGGAUGAUUUCCCAUUUGGUGUAUGUUUUUUUAAACAUUCUUUCAGAGUGGCCAACCAGGCUUUUCGCAUCGCCUGCAGGAGGUUCCGGCACUACAAUUCGCAGAGCCAGGCCAGCCCAGCCCUUAUCCCCCUUUCCAUAUUGUCUAGGUGCUUGUGACAAGUCACACCGCCGCGCCCGGUGGUGCCGUUACAGUCACUUCUGUAGUCCUUCUCUGAUGCCUUUGCUUGAAGACCUCGGGGUGCAGAGAAGGAUCUCUCCUGGGUUUCAACGAGUGGAGCUCCCCAGAUGCUUCUAGCUGCCGCGUCUUCGACGAGAUGGGCUUGGCGGCGUCGAGGAGGAUUAGACUGUCCAUGCUUUUUAUGGCCACAAACUGCACAUUCUGUUUCAAUAAGAUAAAAUAAAAUAAAAUAAAAAAAACAAGCUGUGACAUGAGCUAUCAUGGAUGGAUCAAUGGUGAGAGGAGGUAAAUGGAUCCUAAGCUCACGACUCCGCCGAAGCCUGCCCGAAUCAUGCUUUCAUACUGAGGCUUUAGGUGUUGCUAGAAAGCUCACAAAUUGAUAGGUCACCUAGAAUUUCACUAUCUGGAUCAGAGCCCUUUUUUCUUCCCUUUCUUUUCUUUCUUCUGUUCUUUUUAUUGUUUGCUAGCUUUCUUGUACAUCACGUCAUCGGCGCUGCGCUUUGAGCAUUGGAAGAAAAUCAUUGUACGGUUACAUGUUUUGUUGCA